GUCCAAUCAAAGAAGACUUUGCUAGUGCUCAACCAAUGAAAGUAGCGAUUGUAAGGGUGCCGCUUGUGAGCGCUGUCAAAAGGAAGUUCCAAUUUGUUAUGAUAAACGUAUGGUCAGUACAUUGAAUCUCGCAGUUUGUAGGUGGAGAUGUUCCGCAGUGUGCUGGGGAAGACCUUGGGGUUUGUGGGCUACACAGUCCAGUAUGGCUGUAUUGCGCAUUGUGCCUUUGAAUACAUCGGAGAAGUUGUGGUGUGUUCUGGUCCAUCCAUGGAGCCCACCAUCAUCAACCGUGAUAUUGUCUUCUCUGAACGCAUGAGUCGCCAUCUUUGCAAAAUACAAAAGGGUGAUAUAGUGAUUGCAAAGAGUCCAUUUGACCCAAAUAUUAACAUUUGUAAAAGGGUAAUUGGGUUGGAGGGAGACAAAGUGUGCACAAGCGGCCCGUCAGACCUGUUCAAGACACACACAUAUGUUCCAAAAGGCCAUGUAUGGCUAGAAGGGGAUAACCUUAGGAAUUCCAGUGACUCAAGGAGCUAUGGCCCAAUUCCCUAUGCCCUCAUCCGAGGGCGUGUUUGCUUAAAGCUCUGGCCACCGCAGAGUGUCGGGAGCCUCAGUGAAAGCCCAAACCAGACGGAUCGUUAAAACUCAGGGUGACUCACACUCAGACUAACUCAUUUGCUCUGUUUGUAAUGUAUUUUGCUUACUGAAUAAAGCUGAUAUUUAUUUAGUUUA